UGCUCGUAGCAUGACAUGGUCCACGUUCACGCCAGCACUACGCAUGCUUUCCAGGUGUGCCCUACCCUCGACAGCCCGUGCGAUAUGCAGGCGACUAGGGCCGACCCGCCGCGGUGUGUCCAAUGCCCUCCAUUUUUACUCGAACAAACAACUCGAGCUAUAUGCUUCCAAGGAGGCAAAGCGGCUCACUCUUAGGCAACUUGUUUUCUUUGGCCGGUCAAUGAACGAGGAGCGUCUCAUAACCAGUGCAAACUAUGUGAGGACAGAACUUCCAGUACGGAUAGCGCACCGGUUGCGGGAUAUGCAGGCAUUGCCAUAUGUCGUGGUGACACAAGAGGGACUUGCUAAGGUGUAUGAGUUAUACUGGUCCGCUUUCGACAAAUUCCGCCGGUAUCCUCAGGUUGCUACUCGCACCGAGAACGAAGCAUUCUGCAAAUUCCUCCGCAGCCUCCUAGACGAACACUCUACGGUCAUACCCAACCUUUCCCUCGGCCUUUCCCUUUCGUCACCCUACCUCGCACCUGACCGGCUCGAUUCCUUUAUGCGCCGAAUGCUCGUUUCACGAAUAUCGCGGCGCGUGCUUGCCGAGCACCACAUAGCACUUUCUAAAGACUACGAGUCUCGGCGUGAUGGCAACCCGCAUUCGGACCAUGUAGGUGUGAUUUACACGGGGCUGAACGUACGCGAAAGUAUCGAGCGGUGCACAAACUACCUUCGGGAUCGCGCAUUCGAUGUCGACCAUGAUAUGCCCGAACAUAGUAACAUACGUGCAGACUGGUCAGAAGUUGUCGUGGAUGGACAUACGGAUACACAGUUCCCUUAUAUCAAGGAACAUCUAGACUAUAUCAUUUUUGAGCUGUUGAAGAACUCUUUCCGAGCGACACGCAUAAAACACCCGCAUGCGGAGACGCUGCCGCCGAUACGGGCGACUAUCGUCUCUGGAGAAAACUUUGUCACUAUAAGGAUAUCUGACCAAGGUGGUGGUCUGCUGACACCGCAGAUCAAGUCACCGUCCGACCUUUUCUCCUUUUCUCAUGUACGGAAUGCAACACGUAUGGAACACUCCAGGCUGGGCGCACUGCGCACUGUCAGCUCUAGUACCAAAGGGAUGACGGCGACUGUACAUGAACAGCUAUAUGCUGUCAAUCGUGUAGACGCUCCCGACCGGAGCACACCGCAUCCGCGCAUUGGGAUCGGACUACCAAUGAGUAAUAUCUAUGCGACAUAUUUUGGAGGCUCGCUGGAGCUAGUCAGUAUGGAUGGCUUCGGCACCGACGUUUACUUGCGUCUACCGAGAUUGGGGACGAACCUGGAAGGUAUCGAGUUGUAGACUGCCCUUUUGUGCGCACUCGCAGAGCUGCUCGCAGUGGGGCCGUCGUGAUGCAUUGCAUGGUUAUCUCCGCAGACUACGGACACGCCCGCAAUAUGGUUCCCCUUGGCGGCAGCGCCUACGGCCCGUGCCUUCGCUAGAGCCUCUGCUGAAGCUGUAUGCUCCUCAGGCUGGCGUUGUAUAUCUUGUAUGUAGUCUGGAUAUCCUUGCAAUUCC